AUGUCAAAGCUUGAAAUGAUUCUUAUAAUGUGUGCAUCGAUAUUAACAUCAUCAGCAGUUUUUGUCAACUAUUUGCUGAAAAUUCAUGAAGGCUUUACAGUUAAGCAUGCACUUUUGGACAUAAUUGAUGAAUUUUAUACCAAAAAUUCAUUAGAAUUUGAUUUUAUAAUAUUUGAUAGUGAAAAUUCGGCAUUAAUCAAUAAAAUUGGAAGUUCCAACAGUGGAAUGCAGCCAUAUCAAGUGAAGACAGUCAAUAGCUUUGAGAAAUGGAACCAGAUAGACAAGUCAGCUGUGAUUCUAGUCAAUAAUGGACACAACUUUAACAUACUCAAUUCUAAGGUCAAUUUGACCAAUUCUUAUGCAAAAAACUUAAAAUUUGUGAUCAUUUUUGAUGAUUUUGAAAAUUCUAUAGAACAUAUUUUGGCACGUGAACAACUUACUAAUUCCAAAGGCAUCAUUUUAGAUUUUUCUUACUUUGUGCUAAAUUUUGAUGACACAAUUCAUUUAGUGACAAUUUUAUGGCACAGCGAGGCUUUUUGUGGUUCAGCUUACUAUUAUCCAAUCAAUGUCUACCUAAAAAGAUCUAAAACUUGGGCUGUAAAGCUUAAAGAUUUCCAGAAGUUUCGCAAUUUCCAUAAAUGUCCAUUGAUAGUCACCAGCUUACACACUUUCUAUGGAUUCUUUUAUGCUGAUCAAUUUGAUAAAAGAUUUAGAGGACUUCUUGUUGAUUUGGUACAAUCAAUAGCUCAAUAUGUCAAUUUUACAGCAGCCUUCAUUUCUACUAAAGACAACUCAUUAACUGGCUCGUACAUCGAUCAAACCGGCAACCAAACAUUCCAAGUCGUUCAAGGCGUCAAAACAAACUUUCCAGAUUCCCUCGAGCAUGUGACAAUGACAUUCAGUCAGAAUAGCUUUAUAUUCGUGAUUACACCAGCUGAUCCGUACACAAGUUAUGAGAAAAUUUUACUUCCUUUCGACACAGACACGUGGACAUGGCUGAUUAUCACAUUUUCAUGUACUUUUGUGUCAAUUUUUAUCAUCAACAGGAUCUCAAAGGAAGUACAAGACAUAGUUUAUGGUGAAAAUGUUCAGACACCGACCAUGAAUGUUUUCUUUAUUUUCUUCGGAAUUGGUCAAAUGCGACUGCCUGCAAAGUGGUUUGCACGAUUUUUACUCAUCAAUUUUAUUCUGUUUUGUUUGAUUUUUCGAACUUGUUAUCAAAGUAAAAUGUUUGAAUUUAUGACAUCGGAUAUGAGGAAGUCCUCGCCGGAAACUAUCGAUGAUCUUUUUGUGCAGAAUUUUACAAUUUAUACGAUGGAAUUUGAGCAUAUUGUGAAGAUUUUGGAGAAUCUGAUUGAUGAGAAGAGAAGACUGGACCAUUCACAAAAAAUAGCCUUCUUUAUGCCUCAAGAUUCAAUUCCAAGUUUAAUUAUAAGAUGUAAAUGUCAACCAAAGAUUCUCAGACAAGCACUUUGGACUUACCAAAAUGGAAUAUCAAUGCUAAAAAAUCAUUUCUUAUUUGCUGCAACUGAGGAAGUCAUGCAGAAGUUUAUCCCAAUGGGAUUAAUUCAACAUUCGUACGAUCUUCACAAUUGGAUCUGCCUUAGACCGAUUAUUGAGCCUGAAGAGAAUGAACCAAUAGUUUUGACAAUGGAUGAAUUAGAAUUUGGAUUUAUUUUGUGGCUGACUGUCUGUGCAGUGUCAAUUUUGGGAUUUUUCUGGGAAAUUUUAAUGUCUAAGAUAAGAAGCUGCAUGGGAAUUAGCUUUUUGAUAGGAUGUUCAGCAGUCAGCAUCACCAUGAACCCCAACAAUGAUGAUCUAUCGACUAUUCAAGCCAUUUCAGACAUUAUCGACGAGUUUUACAGCAAAAAGUCACUUGAUUUUGAUUUUAUAAUUUUUGACAGUGAAAAUUCAAGAAUAAUCGAUAAAAUUGGAAGUUCCAGCAACAAGCUACAUCCAUAUCAAGUCAAGACAGUCGACAAUUUUGAUGAAUGGAAUCAGAUUGACAAGUCAGCUGUAAUUCUAGUUGGAAAUGUUUUGUCUGUCAACAAUUUGAAUAAUGAAGUAAAAUUGACUAAUUUUUACUCAAAAGACUUAAUUUUUUUGAUAAUUUUGGACGAAGUUUUUGGAUUUCCUUUAAAAUUAUCAGCACAGCCAUUUUUAGUCAACGAUUAUGGACGAUUGCUUGAAUUUUCAUAUUUUCUCAUCAAUUAUCAUGACAAAAUUGUCUUCGGGACUGUCACGUGGUUCAGUCAGUCAAAAUGUGAUGCUCCACUCUUUAUGCCAGUCAAUGUCAUGCUCAAAAGUACUAAACAAUGGCUCACAAGUCUUAAAUUCUUCGAUAAAUUCAGAAACCUUCAUGGAUGUCCUCUAACAUCAGGUAGCAUAUUCAACACAUUAGGAACAUUCUACAAAGACAAAUUUACAUCAGAACUCAGAGGAAUCUUCUUUGACUUAACGCUAGCUAUAGCUCAAUACACGAACUUUACAGCUUACUUUUUUCCAAUCAGCAAUUAUACAUUAAGUGACGAUGUCAAUAAAGUAGACGAAACUGGUGACGGAAGGAUCCAAAUUGUAUAUAAAAUCAGAACAAACUCUUUAGAUUCCCACGAGCAUGUGACAAUGACAUUUACACAAUUUAGCUUCAUAUUUGUGAUUACACCAGCUGAUCCGUACACAAGUUAUGAAAAAAUUUUGCUUCCGUUUGACACAGACACAUGGACAUGGCUGAUUAUCACAUUUUCAUGUACUUUUGUGUCAAUUUUUAUCAUCAACAGGAUCUCAAAGGAAGUACAAGACAUAGUUUAUGGUGAAAAUGUUCAAACACCGACCAUGAAUGUUUUCUUUAUUUUCUUCGGAAUCGGUCAAAUGCGACUGCCUGCAAAGUGGUUUGCACGAUUUUUACUCAUCAAUUUUAUUCUGUUUUGUUUGAUUUUUCGAACUUGUUAUCAAAGUAAAAUGUUUGAAUUUAUGACAUCGGAUAUGAGGAAGUCCUCGCCGGAAACUAUCGAUGAUCUUUUUGUGCAGAAUUUUACAAUUUAUACGAUGGAAUUUGAGCAUAUUGUGAAGAUUUUGGGGAAUCUGAUUGAUGAGAAGAGAAGGUGCCUUUACACUAAGUAUCCACGUGGCUUCACACUAAGCUUUUUAGAUUCCGGUGUCUUGAAACUAGGACAAAACAGCACAGCACGAAUAGCUUUCUUUAUUCCAGAUGAUUCUUUAGUUAUAUUUCGUGAGAAAUGUAAUUGUUUACCAAAAGUGCUCAAGCAGACCCUCCUGACUUACCAAAAUGGCAUCGCAAUGCUCAAAAAUAAUUUUUUAUUCAAGCAAACUGAGGAAGUUGUUCAAAGAUUUAUUGAAAUGGGAAUCAUGCAACAUUUAUAUGAAUAUCAUGUUUGGGUCUGCAACCGACCAGUGAUAGCAAUUGAUGAAAAUAAGCCUAAAAUUUUGACGAUGGAUGAUUUAGAAUUUGGAUUUACAAUUUGGAUAGCUGUGAUUUGUGCAUCAAUUUUAGGAUUUUUGUUUGAAAUUGUCAGGUUUUGGAUUAAGAAACUGAUUAGAAAAUUGUAG